CAUGCUGGUCCGUUUUGGGGUGAUCGUGCCGGCCCGGCUGGCCGAAGGCGGCUCGGCACUCUGCGUGUCGGGCUCCCGGCCGGAGCUGGGUCAGUGGGAGCCCAAGCAGGCGCUGGCCAUGAAACCAGCACGGCCCUUGGCUCCCUUGCCCGCUCAAGAGCCGGUCCUGUGGCUCGCGGAGGUGGCGCUGCCCGAAGCAGAGGCCCCGUGCACCUUCUGGUACAAGUUCCUCAGGCGCCACGAGACCGGAGGCACCGUCUGGGAAGGUAAUGGGCCCCACCAUGAUCGAUGUAGUGUUUAUAACCCGACCAACUUCGUUGAUGGAGUUUAUUGCCUCCCAAUAGGACAUUGGAUUGAAGUUUCUGGGCAUACUGAUGAGAUGAAACAUACAACUGACUUCUAUUUUAAUAUUGCUGGACAUCAAGCAAUUCACUACUCCAGGAUUUUGCCAAAUCUAUGGUUAGGAAGCUGCCCUCGUCAGGUGGAGCAUGUGACUGUGAAGUUAAAGCAUGAGUUGGGGAUUACAGCAGUAAUGAACUUCCAGACUGAAUGGGAUGUUGUUCAGAAUUCCUGGGGAUGCAACCGCUAUCCAGAACCUAUGAGCCCAGAAGUUCUCAUGAAGCUGUAUAAAGAGGAAGGCCUUGCCUAUGUUUGGAUGCCAACACCAGACAUGAGUACCGAAGGUAGAGUACAGAUGUUGCCUCAGGCAGUCUGUCUCCUGCACGGCUUGCUGGAGAACGGGCACACCGUCUACGUUCAUUGCAAUGCCGGCGUUGGCAGGUCUACAGCUGCGGUCUGUGGCUGGUUAAAAUAUGUGCUGGGAUGGAACUUGAGGAAAGUGCAGUAUUUUGUGGCCUCCAGGAGAGCAGCUGUCUACAUUGAUGAGGAAGCUCUGGUGCGUGCUGAGGAGGACUUCCUUCAGAAAUUUGGACCUCUUCGUUCCUCUUACAAGCCUUAGCAGAAAAAGAAAGAAUCGCUAGAAUGCUGCAAAACCCAUGCUCUUGAGAAAUCACGGCUCCGGCUCCAAAAAUGGCAUCACUACAUGAAGAAAUGACGGCAUGAUGUGGACGGGGCCCUUCUGAUUGCAUUUUGAUUUCCACCCAAACAAUUAGGCAUUAGAGCUUUGAUUUGACAGAAUGCGCAUGGCCCAGAUUGUGCAGCCGCGUUGGGAAAGGAGUAAUAACAUUGAUUAGCUGUUUGGCGCAUUGAUUAACUAUUUGAGAGGGGAAGCAGGGGGAGCUAAAUCCAGCUCCCCCUCUCCUUUACAAACAAUUGAUCAACAGUAUCAUAGAUUUUUUUAAAAGGACACAACAAUAACAACAACAACAACAACAACACACUGGAAUCUGAAUCAGGGAAGGAAAGGCAAUUUUAGCACCUGGUUGUGUGUGUUUAGUUCCACUUCCAGAGCUCCUAGGUAGAUCAGGGUGAAAUACUUCUAAACUUCCUAGUCCACUCCUCACUCAGUGAGACCCUCAAAUAAUAAUGAGGAUGGGUGAUGUGAAGUGUGUAAAAGAAGAGAUACAAUUGGACAGGAAGAAGACUGGUUUACAGAGAAAGCAGUUACAAAACUAAUAAACCUUAACAGAUUUCCCACACAUGGACCCCCACACCCACACCUGGGCAGUCCGGAUUAUUUGAUCAUUUCAAAGGGAACCGAGAUCAGAGUUCUUGGCAAAUGGGAAUUAUAAUGAAGUGGGAAUUAAUGAGAAAAACAAGGACUUUGUGUAGAUCAGCACCUUCGUUUGUUAUGCAUGAAUAAAAAUGUAUAUUACAAUAUGUAGAAUGAUUUGUAUUUUAAAUAUCACUUUAAAAACUAACUUCUUUUCUUCUUUGUUUAUUUCAAAUGCUUAGGAAUUUAAAAGAGUAAUUCCUGUUGUGUAGACUUAAUGUACUGAAAGCAGACGGUUUUAUUAGAUUAUUCUGGAUCAUAAGAUCUCUGGUUUGGGGAAUUGUUUUGUUGGUAGUUUAAUACUGUGCCUCAAAAAGAGAUCAUCAUGUGGGGGCUUCCCAUGGCUUGCCUGCUGAAGCAUGUGUUAGGCUGUACAUGUAUGAUACAAGAGCGUUGUGUUAUCUAGACAGUAGGUGCAGCACUCUACCUCUUUCAGAAUUUUUUUAAUGCUCUUGGUAGGGCUGCCCUACAGGGAGAAACCACUUUCUAUCUGAUGAUGGUAUUAGCUGGAUCAGAAGAACUGUGGGAAUGCUUGCCUCAGUAUAAAGCAGGUAAUGGCUAUGAGAGACAAAAUCAAAGACAGAGAGAAAAGCCAAAAAAGAGAAAAAAAGGCAUGAAAUUUGGGAUGGGCGAUACAAAAAGACGGAAAUCAUAAGGAAAGACAGAAAGGGAAAGAGAAAAGAUGGAGUUUUGCAGACCCUUAAAACUGACAGUUGUGUCUGUUGAUAUUGAAUUAUACCUACAAUCUUAUCCAAUAUCAUACAAAUUGUAUAUUA